AGGCUUCAAUCCCACCUUCUCGCCAGUGGAAUUUCAUCUCAGCUUCUGCACCUUCAGGGCAGACGAGUACAUAAAAUAAGUAAGUACCUCACAGUUUUCUCUUGAAUUUGACUUCACUACCUUUUCGUCUUACCAUUACCUUUCGCAUAUGUGACAGAGUGAUACUUGUUGUUGCGGCAGAUCGCUGGUAAAGCUUAAAUGUUAAGUUACAGUACGUUCUGGCCUCCGUGUCAUUUCUCCCCUGCUCAGCUGUAUGCCUACGUGGACUUAGCGAGCCAGUAGAACAAACUGUAUGCUAACAUGAGCUCGCUAGCUGGGGCUACAGUUGUACUUUUUAUGACUCUGUCACCGUUGGCUAAUUUCAAUAAAACAGACGUGACCGCAGUUAUUGAGAGUAGGAAAGAUACUCCAUGGCUUUACUGUUCAAUCCUCUGUUAGCUUAGAGUAACUAGCUGGCUAAGGUGCUGGCUGAAGUUCUUGACUCUGUGUGAGCAGAGCUACAUGUUAGCUGAGGAGCUACGUGUCACAGUCGUCAAAGUUUUUAGCGACUUUGCUAACAAGCUGCGGGUUUGAAUCCAGCACCAGUGACUUUGCAUCUAUACUUAGGGAACCCAUAAAGAGGGAAAACACAAUUUCCUCAUGUUCCUGCCCUCUUCAAAACGAUAGUUUGUCUCGAAUUCAGUGAAUUUAAGUGGUUGAAUAGCGUUAGCCAACAUGACGGGCAGCUAGACCUGACUGUAAUGUGUCGCUGGCAACUGUCAGCUAGUUAACUUGAUAUCGUUUUAGCUAGCACUCACGCUUCCCAGCGUUUUAAAUCCUUAAUCCGGGAUUUAGUUGUAACGCUAGCUCAUGUGGCUGCUAGCAUUAAGGGAGUUUAACUAGCUAGAUGAGCCUGUCACAUAAAACUUGAUAGCAUGAUGUCUGUUUCAUAGGAAUGACCACGUAGAUUAGAUGAUAUGAUUUUAAUGAUACUGAUUGAUAUAUCAUAUCGUGUAAUGUAGGCUAACGGUAGCCACAGCCCCUCGUUGUUGCCAUAGAAACAACCGAUGACCGUUUUACAAUAGACGUCAACAUUGCGCGAGGUUUGUUUGGCAGAUAGGGUUGAGCGUACAGUUGCGAGUUUAAUUCCGUAUCAUGUUGAUAUGAUACUGAUUUUGUCACAUUCGUUAGAGUAAUCUGUGGUUAGAGCUCGUCACAGGAAUGCAGGUAUCGGUCACCAGGUGAACGCACAGCUGAAUCAAUGACGUGGUAGUUUGAGCAAAACAACUGUAGCAUCACUGUUUUGUAAUGCUGCGUUCCUGUGACGUCACACCCGAGUUACCAGCGUUUCAGUUAACAAAAAAGCAAAAUCGGAGGCGGAAACAGGAGGGCUACAUCUACAAAAGUUAUAUUAGUGCUUGCCUUGUCCGAAUAUAAAGCAAACACUAAAAUAACUUUUCGUAGAUGUAGCCGUCUUGUUUCAGGCCUCCGAUUUUGCUUUUUUACCGAUUUUGCAACUGAAACGCCGAUAACUUGGGUUUUACGUCAUUUUCAGCUCCAACAUCUGACUUCUGAGGUGACUAGAACACAGCCUCAGUUACCAAGUCGGAAAAAAGCAAAAUUGUUGGCGGAAACAAGAUGGCUACAUCUAUGAAAGGUAUUUGUAGUUGUAGUUUGUAGUUAUUUGUUGUUUUGUAAAUGUAGCCAUCUUGUUUCAGGCCUCUGAUUUUGCUUUUUACCGACUUGGUAACUGAAACACUGGUAACUUGGGUAUGAUGUCAUUUUCACCUCCGACACCUGACUUCUGAGGUAGCUCUAACACAGCAUAAGUCCCACCUUUUAUAAUAUGCAAUGGAAAUUCUUCCUACAAACAGCCUCCUGCUAUUUCUGCAGACAUAAGUGACUGUCCUUAGCAGGAAUACGUCCACAGGGGUGGUAUUGGCCUCCUUGACAGAAGAUUGGCCACCCUGUGUGCCACUAGAGAAACCCUGACCUGUAUGUUUUAAUUAGAUUUUAGAUUGUGCUGAAACGAAUUUAAUUUGUUUUGUAAGGAUACAUCCUCACAGAUAUUUUUCAAUUUAAUUGAAUUUUGUCUCUCUGUCAAAAAAAAUCCUGUGCCAGAGCUUCAUUUGAAUAUUUCCCUGCUUCAACAGUACAGAAAUGGUUUAAUUGCCCACAUAAACAUACAAGAUCAGAAUGCUGCAAUAAUCUCUCCUCAAGUCAGAUGCAACAGAAGAACCUUGUGCGCAUACUUAAGUGUCCUCUUGAGUGAAUGGUAGUUGUUAACAGUCAAAUGGGUAAAUCAGAAAAAGAAUCGGGAUUCAUUUAUUUGGACAAAUGACAAUGGAGAGUUACUGUUCUGUGUCAGGCUUCCCUGACAAUAUGGUACAGAUAUAAACAAACUGGUGGCCUGUCAGUACAUAUUAACAACUUGGGGUAAUAAAGUAUGUAAUAAACACAGUGACUUCACACCUUGUAUGAUGAUCCUCACAAAUAAAAUCAGAGUUUGAAAACUCUUCACCAUGGAAAGCAAUUUACAAAACCUCUGUUUUCAGUGAUCUAAAGAGAGGCAGGGAAGAAGGCUGGGGAUGUGAGGCCAAAAUGCUACAAAAAAAAAAAUAAUAAUAAUAAUAAUAAUCUGUCCUCACAAAGUAUCUACGUUUGUGUGGAUGGGGCCUAUUCUCUUUUGUUCAUCAUAUUGUAGAAAAGUAUUUCACGUCUGUUUCAUCAUACAGGUUUUUAGGAGCAGAGUGACUGUACUAAAAUGUUGCCUGUAAAUGAAUUAUUGGUUCAACAAGCAGUAUUUUAAUGCCUAUUUCAAAGCAGUUGACAGUAUGGACAAACAUCUUGGGUUCUUACUUUUUAAAGUUAAAAAGAUUGCACAUAGAAGGUAAUGUCUGUACAAUUGUUUAAUUUUAGCAGGGAAUCUAUUUAUGAAUGCAAAGACUGAAACACUAAAUAUAUUCAUAUUAUUAAUAUAAAAGUGCUCCUAUUGGGGCCCUCUUUAAAAAAGUCUAGGCACGCCCCUGGUGAUUGGUUGUUCAAAAAGAAGAGGUGACCAGAUUUGUUGUAUGCUACAACACUACCGUUAAAUAGGAGCUUUUGAGUCACUACCUGAAAUAUUAAUAUUGUGUGUGUAUAUAUAACAAAUGGACCAAUCUGAUCAUAUUCUCUUCAUUCAUCUCAAUAGCCUGUUAAUAUCAUAGUGGAAGAAGGCUACAAGGAAUGCAAACCAAAGUAGUGUGAAUGUCUGGAAUGACACACCAUGUCAUAUCAUACAUGCUUUAAUAAUCAGACCCUUUUUAAAUACAAAACAUUCACUGUGUAGUUCUGCCAGCUCUUGCGUGAAUGUGCAACAAACUGUGCACCUGGUCCCCCCGCAGCAGCUUCAUCAAUUGCCAGCUCUGUCCUUGUGACCGACAACCAGGCAUGGUGCAAUUACAGAAACCAGAUGUUUGUCAAGGGAGGCUGCGCUCCAGUGGUACUUAUACUUGACUUGUCCAGAAGUGGGCUUCUUUGCAUAAACUUUAUCUGAAUACUUCUCGGUUUCUGGACGGUUUCAGUUUUCGACCACGACAGUAGAGCUGUCGCAAAUGGCGUCCCUCAAACCAUAACUAUCAAGAAUCAAAUGUUGCCAAACCUAAUGUAUAUUUGAAAUGAAUGUCUGGGUUUAUUAUGAAAUGGUAUCUUAAAACCAUUACACAUACAGUUUUUCAAUGACCCUGGUACUGUCGUCUUACUCAGCAGAAUUUUUCAAAGUUAUUCCCCUGAAAUAUUAAAUGAUAAAAACCAUUCUCUGAAAUGUAAACCAUGCUUUAUUUCUGAUCCAGCUGGUCUGUCUUGUCUGUGGUCUCUAGGCAAAAGCUGGCAGGCUGACGGGAACUUGCAUCUUUACAGGACGGAUUAUCUGGUAACUGACCAUUUAGCUGGUAAGUUCUGACAACUAUUAGCAUUGUGAGUGGUGACACUAAUACCAUCUUAAGUAAUUAGCGGCAUACUGUUUUAUCCACACACACACUACAGCUUGGAAAUUGGCUUUGUAUAGUUGAAGUGUGAUUAGGACUUGGGAGUAAGAAUCUGCUGCACUUUUGCUUUAUUUUAGCAAGUCUGUGAAGAUGUUUUUAACCUUCAGCCCAAGUUGGUCUCCUUUUCUUCUAGAUUCUGGCCAAAGGGAGGGCAUCAGAUUUCUGAUGCAUGCUUAGAAGAAUAGGUAUUAUGAUUUAAAAAAAUAAAAAAUAAAACGUGGGAUUUCUGUAUGGUUACUCUUUCACUUUAUAUAGUUCAAGUAAAAUGUUUUCACUAAGACUUGUUGAUCCUUUAUUACUUUUUCCAAGGUAGUUCACUGUCCUCCUACUUUGACUAUGUUUUUAUUUAAGGCAACGCAAUAAAGGAAUUAAUUGACAUUUUCUAACCUGCUUUGAAAUUUAAAGCUUGGAAAAACAACAACAAAAACCCCCCUUAGUUAUACACUGUGAAACGACAGUUCAUUUCUAUUUAUUUAGAGGUGAAACUGGCUUUUGAAACGUGCACUGUGACCUGUUAAGUAAGUUUUAUAAUGGGAACAUGUAGUCUAGUGUGUUUGGCCUUGGUGUGUGGCUCUGUUUUCCCAGAUCUGGCCUGACAUGUGAUCAUUCAAAAAUAUGUGCAAAUUAGAAACUGCCUUCCUCCAAAGUUGCUUUUUUUUAGCUCCAAAUUUACCCACAGCCAAAUGAUGAAGUCUGACAAAAAAGUGCAAUUCUUAAUCAAAAUGUAUCCCUGUGACACAAAAAACAAAGCUCAAUGAUGCUUGUGUAUACAAAUGUUUAAACGAAUGUUAUAUGUACACUGGCAAUAGAAUCUGCAAACAGUAACCAGUGCAGAGCAGCCUUAAGUUUCUGAAGCCUGACAAGGAAGAGGCCACUGAAGGGGUGCUUUACAAUGUACAGAGGAGAAACAGCCAACUACUGACAACCACCACCUUCAAACUUAUGUGAAAGCCCUGCUGUUGUCUGCUGUAUAAAGAAAUUCCGAGCAUCAAGCAGCUCUGUGUGAGAUCUGGGGCUUUCUUUUCAGGUUUUCAGAUGAAUUUCAGGCAUGCUUGGGGGCAAAAUCCACCCGAAAACUCUUCACAUUCCUCUGCUCUCGUUGGCCAGAAUUGAGGUUUAUCUGCCAGCCUGAAAAGCAGAGCAGUGGCUGCUGAUAUAUCGAGUUUCACUGAUUUAUGCAGCACUUUCACAUUUAUGUAACACAAAUUAUAAUGUCUGUUGUGUCUCCUUUUAGAAAUGCCACAGGUGAGAGUAUUGGCUCUGGUUUCUUCCUUAGAGAGUCUUAUCCCUGUUAAAGGUCCGAUACAGGCCAUCUGAGUUUUAUGUUGGUGGAUUUUUGCUUUAAUCCUCUCCAACAUGGACAUACAGAGGGGUCAGUGGAGAAAAAUCCUCUUAACCUUAGAGCACACUCACUUAGAAACGCUCCAUGGCAGAGCACUGGCCAAAGAGAGUCAAACAGAAGUCAAACUGGUUUCCUCUACAGAGACAAAAUGUACUGUAACUGCAGCCCUGCCCACACCAGUGUUUUCUCAGUGGUUUCAAGAAUUAUCUCUGUACUCACCACUCAAAGUCACAGCACACAUUAACACAGUGUGAUUAUCUUGGAGACACAUGGCUUCUUUUGAUAAAGGUAGAUUAGAUAAUGGUCAAAAUCCCAAAGUCCACCUUUGAUAAUCUUUUAUACCCAAGCAUGUGACUCUACUUUUCAAACAAGAGGCACCUUUUAUCUGUGUUUUAACUAUCAUAACAAGUGAGUGUAUCUAGAUGUCUUUAUUUUUCUAAUGCAUAAUAAUGCACAGAUGCAGUACUACAGCUUAAACGUGUUAAUAACACAUUUGUUUCUGUUAAAGCUCAUAUUUGAUUUCUUACUGACUACUACAUUUGAAAACUGCCUUAUGACUUGAGUAUCAAUAGACUUUCAUAACCCCAAUAUUUUGCAUUUAAUAAGAAAUGAAAAGAAACAGAUUACCCACAGGACUCUGGAAAUAAUGAGGAACACAAAAGAAACUUGUCUCAUUGUAAUGCCAAUUGAAAGUUACCCAAAACAUGACACAUUUGUGACAAGAGGAUUAAGCCACCAAUGAUGAGAGCUGUGGUUUGGGUCGACACUUGUGAAAACUCUCCUCAUCUGUUUAAACGGGUGUGUGUGGGUUUGGUUCGUCACAUUUGACAUGUUCAUGAUGUGAACAAACAACCUCACAGCUGCCUUGGAUCAUAAAUCAAAUUUGGUGUAAUUUCCUGACACAGCCCUUUCAACUCCAGGCAAACGAGAAUGACAAAGACAAAUGCACAAAUAUAGAACCCUCCUUCCUGUACGCCUGAAACUGCUCCACUGUCAGAGGAUAAUAUGGGUGUAGGAUUUCUUCACUAAUUAAGGAAAAGGAACCUUUAAUUCACUGUGCUAACUGUGCUUAAUAAAUAUGAACUUUUCUUUCAGUGGCACACUCGGACUCUGUGUUAACGUGGGAUUUUAACCAUGAGCUCAGUCGCUGUACUUACGCAGGAAAGCUUCAAUGAGCACCGCAAUGGGCUCAUGCCAGAGCAGAGUGGUGGUGAGUAUUUGACUUUUUCAAAAUGGACUUUGAAUAUUGUUCUGAUCAAUUAUCUGAGAGACUCAAAUGUUUUCAUGUUUUAGCUGCUGGUGAUGCAGUAACCACUGCUGGAGAGGAGGAGGAUGCCCUUCCUACCUACAAGGAUGCCUUCCCACCUCUGCCCGAAAAGGCGGCCUCACCUGAGGGAACCCAGGAAACUGCUAACGCCUGGACCAAGAUCCGUCCACUCAAGUCAUCUGUUAUUACCCAGGUGGAGCAUUGCUUAGGUUCUCUCUUUGUGUGUGCACUUUAAAAUGAUGACCACAAUUAUUUUAUUCAACAUGAAAUUCAGGAUUAUUAAUCACAAUUAUCAAUUAACAUGAUGGAUUAAUUGUUUAUUCUAACAAAAAGUAAAAGGUCUCAGUGCCCCAAGGCUUCCUUGGGACAAAAUAACCAGCAUUUUUGACCCACUCUGGCCCCGAAGAUUUAUGUAAAUACAGUACUGACUCGUAUCAGAGAUUUACUUCUGUCAGAACUCUGACUUAGUUUUGAUGGUAAUGCAGUUGAAUCUGCUCGUAUUUGUCAUACUUUCAGAGUGUGGCAGACUUUUAAAGGUUAAUUAUUUGAAUUUGCACACAUUUUAUCCCAUUGGAUUAGCAUAUAAAACCCAUGUAUUUGGAACGCUUUUGCUUUUGUCUAUAUUACAGGGAAUCUUAGGUUCAUGUACAUUAACAUUUGAUAAUGAUGCAGAUCUACAAGUCGAUAAUUAUUUAAUGCUACAGUUUUACUCUUCGUGCUCACUCUGUCCCUCUGCUUUACUAACACACACCUGACCCACCAGCCCUCCGCCUGCAGAUGUUAGUUUUUUUUUCUUUUUUUUUGCACUCUGUCAUAACCUGGCUCUGUGGCCAUGACAAAAGGACGGGAGGAGUGCAAAUUAACAAAAGUAAAUUAAUUUAUUUACAAUUCAAAAUAAAGGAAGGGAACAAAAACGACAGAUAUGAGGGGUGUUAGUCUGUAAUAUCAGUAGCGUGUAUGUGGCUGUGUGAGAAUGAUGUGGUACGAGGUGUUGAGAAGUGCACUAACAAAACUAACUAAAGAAAAUGUGCAUGGUGAUCUGCAGGCAGCCGAGCAGAGCAGAGCAGAACGGUGAGCGGCAGGGCAGACAGCCAGGCAGGGAGAGCAAGCGAAAGGACAGGCCACAGGAAGCUAAUAUGUAGGUGGUGGAGCAGCAGGCCCAGGUGCUCCACAUCAGAGCAGAUUUCAAUCAGCCACCUCAAAAGAGAACAGAUAGAUAUGUCACAUCUCCAGUUAAGACAUCCACACAGGGGCCGUCACAAGAUCAUUGCGACACACUUUGUCAACAACAAGCCUCGUCAACAUGUAAAUCACCUGUUGUCAUACUGGAAUCGCUAGUUAAACUUGUUAACAAGUUAAACUUGGUAAAAUGCAAGUUGUGUCACUGCCUCGACUUUAUAAAAUGUGUCACUAAUGAAUGUUGUCAACAGUGUAGAGUCAUACAGGUUUAGAGAAAAGGAGAGGCAGGAUGGAAGAAGCUGCUGUGUGAGAGGUGCAGGCUGUGUGUGGAGAGGAAAACCAAAAAGAAACAAGUUGGAAGAAUUAAUAUUUAUCAGCUGGAAAAUAUAUCAAGAAAACAACAUUUGAUCUAAUGUAAAUUCAAUAGGGUAAUGUGUUCCUUUAAAUCCUGUUUUGAAUCAAAGACUACAUCAACUUUCUGUGGGUGGAACGCAUGUUUUGAAAGUCAGUAAUCGUUGUCAGUUAUGUGUCUUUGAUAGUGGUAGGCUUAAAAUCAUAAUCUCAAUCAAACUAGGUUGAAUUUAUGUGCCCUGGCUACCACACCUAUAAUUUAAUGGCUAUUCAAUACACACUUUCUUCUUACAUCCCACAGGAUUUCUUUCACCGUCGCCCAAAUAAUGCCUCUUAGCCUUUCUUAAUAAAGGCUUAGUCCAGAUAUCUGGACUUCACUGGUCUUACAGACUUGCUGACUUUGCAGACUUGUUCUCUGAGUGCUGAGGACUGUCCAAAUCUGCUGUUUACCCAGUCCACAUGGGGCCUGAAGAAGCAGACUCAAUGCAGACUUCCAGAGAGUGUGCUCUGGGUGCAGAUUUAACUUGGACUGAACUGCAUUAGAGAGAGAAAUAUGAUAUUGCAAUUUUUCUAAAUCCCCUGCUAAAAAAAGUAGAUGAAUGAAUAAACAGAUACUUACUUAGUUGAAAUACUGCUGAAAUCUUAAGGGCCAUACAAUCUAUAUUACCACAACGCAAUGCAAAAGGACAGGUUUGGGAGUAAGGCUGUAGAGGUAUAUAAAUGUACUUUAUCAUUACAAAGUGUGUGUGUGUGGGCUGGGGGGCUUUGUCCCCAAGUUCAGAUGAUUCAACCCAUAUUUAGAGGUGAAGAAAUCCAGUGUGUUUCAUGUGUCCCACUGUAGUUUACCAGAGCCCACUGUGUCUGUUAAACACGAUUGCUGGUGAUUAGGGCCUCACAGGUGUUUUUAAUGGAUCUGGCUGAUUAUGUGUAAUUAUUAAUGAAUUAUGUGUAGUUACCAUGCAAAGAUAAAAUCUACAAGUACAAGUCGACCUGCCAACACAAGUUUAAAAAACGGGCUAAUCUGACAAAAAUAACUAAAACCAGCUAAACUGGUUUUCUAAAAGAGGAGCUUAUUUUUGAAAACAAAAUGAACGAGCCAUUUUUAGUAAAUAAUGAGAUUUUACUUCUGAAAUGCUGUAAUGUUUUGCAGGUUUUUAUUAAGUUCUCUGUAGAAAUCAUUGGAUAACUUUUUCUCAACUGAAUUAACAACAGAACAGAAAUCCUGCUAAGAUUUGAACUCUUCAAUACUCCAAACUCCUUCAGUUGAAAGACAAUGACAAAGACAUUUUACAUUGAUUAGAGUUGCUGAGUGGAGUUUUUAACUGGUUGCGUAACAGGCUGGAAUCGAUAGUGAUGCCUCUUUAUGACCUUUAAAAGCCAAUGGGAUCAUUACCAACAAGGCUGAAUAUGUCCUGGUUGUCAUUUUUGAUGCCUCAUACUGCUGUCAGAUGGAUAGUGCCUGACGGUGACCAGAUAAUGGAAAACUUGCUGAAGAAACAGCCCUUUUAUUCAGUUUCUCUAUGGCCAAACUCACUGAGAGAAAGCUUUCACUUUUAACAGACACCAGGAUAGAGUAAUAGUCAGUUUGAAGUGGGUGGUGAUUUUUUCUUUACAAGAAAACCCUUUUUCUCUUUAUGACCAUUGUGAAGCGUUGUUGUUCUUGUUCACUUUUAUUGUCUCCAGUUUAAACUUAAAGGUAAUGCAGGAUUCAAAUUAAAUGACUGAGGUGCUGUCAGCUCAGUGGUUUAACCAUGCUCAAUUACUUUUCUGACUUUUGAAUUUGCCCACCUUCUGGUUCAGUCUUGUAAUUUUCACUGCACCACUGUCUGUAUUUUGUUGGAGAGCGUCACCCUUAGAUUUAACCCUCUAUGCUUUUGAGCCUGGUUUAGUCUUCUAAUGACUGACACAGAUUUAUCAAACAACUUUGCUCUGUUGAAGACAUACUGAGGCAGCAAGUGUUCAUCACACUUAUUUAACAACUUAAUUUGUUUUCAUGGACUAGGUUUUCCAUGUGCCGUUAGAGGAGCGCAAGUACAAGGACAUCAACCAGUUUGGGGAAGGAGAUCAAGCAAAGGUCUGUGUGGACAUCAUGCACAAGACCGGAGCCCACCUGGAGCUCUCCUUGGCUAAAGAUCAGGGUCUCUCCAUCAUGGUGUCUGGAAAGCUGGAUGCUGUGAUGAAGGCCCGCAAGGAGAUUGUGUCCCGACUGCAGACUCAGGUCAGAGGCUCUGAUGAUGCUAGAUUUAAAAGGAAAUCUAGGCUGUCGAUCAUGGUGCUAAUCGUACAUUUUGACUCGAACAGGCCUCCGCUACUGUUGCAAUCCCCAAGGAGCACCAUCGUUUUGUCAUAGGAAAGAAUGGGGAGAAGCUUCAGGAGCUGGAGCUUAAGACCGCCACAAAAAUCCAGAUCCCACGACCUGAUGACCCCAGCAACCAGAUCAAGAUCUCUGGUACUAAGGAGGGCCUGGAGAAAGCCAAGCAUGAGAUUCUGCUAAUCUCUGCUGAGCAGGUAACCUCAGGAAACCAGCCGCUUCAUAAAGAUAGUCUCCUAAUAUCACAGAACUAUAUCCCAAGUGUUUUUCUCUGCCUCUUCUUUUCUUGAAGGACAAACGUGCUGUUGAGAGGGUGAACAUAGACAAGGUAUAUCACCCCUUCAUCACCGGUGCCUACAACAAACUGGUAGGAGAGAUGAUGCAGGAGACCGGUGCCCGCAUUAAUGUCCCCCCUCCGAGUGUUAACAAGACAGAGAUUGUGAUCACCGGGGAGAAGGAGCAGGUGGCCCUUGCUGUGGCUAUGAUCAAGAAGGUUUUUGAAGACAAGGUAUGAAAAAUCACAACUGUUCGUAGCUUCAUCACUUCAAGCCAAUGUUUCAAGAAUUGUCAUCCCUUAUACUCUUUUUUUAUAUUGCAGAAAAAAAAUGCCACCACUAUUGCAGUGGAGGUGAAGAAGUCUCAACACAAGUAUGUGAUUGGCCCCAAGGGAAACACCCUGCAGGAGAUCCUGGAUAAGACUGGUGUGUCCGUUGAAAUCCCACCAUCUGACAGCAGCUCAGAAACUGUCAUCCUUCGUGGAGAGCCCGACCGUCUGGGUCAGGCUCUCACUGAAGUUUAUGCCAAGGUAAGGAGUUCUUCAAAAUCACUGAUGGUUGAUGAUGUUAACCUUUUUAAAUAAAAGAGCAGUAUGCUUUGACUCAAAGAGCCCUUUUUUCUCUGGCAGGCAAACAGCUACACUGUUUCCUCGGUCUCAGCUCCUUCUUGGCUUCAUCGUUUCAUUAUUGGCAAGAAGGGGCAGAACUUGGCCAAGAUAACUCAACAAAUGCCCAAGGUGAGUUAGACCAUGACUGUCUCAUCCGUAGCACUUAAAACACUCAUUUGGAGAUCACACUUUGUAAAUCCUUUUCUUGUUUUGUUCACACACAGGUGCACAUUGAGUUCACAGAGGGAGAAGAUAAAAUCACCCUGGAGGGUCCCACCAAAGAUGUGCAGAUGGUGCAGAGCCAGAUUGAAGCAAUUGUUACAGAUUUGGUGAGUGGUGAAUAACAAUUAUGUGUUUUCAGUAGACCCAACGCCUUUUAUAAUCGCACCUUUUAGUGUUACACUGAUAUGACAAUAAGGCCAAUAAAGUCCUUAAAGGUGUUCUAUCUUAUUUAUACCCAUUUUAAAAGGGUUUAGCUCUGACUCUACGCCCCUCCCUACACCUGUGCUUGACAUGUGUCUGAAGAAAUAGAACUUCAGAUCAGGGUGACACAUAGUGACCAGUAGAGAUUUAGCAACCAGAGAUGAGAGUCACCAAGUCAUCUCCAUGCCAUGUAUUUGUUCUGCUCAGUUACUGAACCAGGUGCCUUCACUACUGGGCUCACCUUCCUGGCUGCGCAUCGGAAGCAGAACAAAUACAUGGCAUGGAGAUGACUUGGUGACUCCACAAUUUCUAUCUAUUAGCUACACACGGAGGCCAACAAAUCAUAAGAGCUUGAAACAGAUGAGCGUAAGGCACAGAGUCCUGAGCAGUUUCGUUGCAAAGACACAAGCAGAUGAACCGAAGUUGAUGUGGUCUUUUGUGUAGAUUUGCAACCGAACUGCUCAGGAUACUGAUUUACACCAGCUCCUAUUUAGCUGCUGUGGGCAGAGAGGUGUACCAUGAGCAAGAUUAGAGGGUGAACUGUGUCUGCUGAGCUUAAACCUGAAGUUUUCUGUGUCAUGAAGCUGGCUCUCUUAGCCUGUCCAAAUCCUCUUGGUUACUCACUCCAAACCCAUAACCUGGUUGGGACCAGAUGAUGUCCUCCCUGGGAAAUAUGAAUCAUUGAUGAUGAAAUGAGAUUAGUUCAAUUGGCCUUGAUCAGAAGCUCUUUUUUUUUUUUUUUUUUUUAAUUAACGAUGGCUAGACCUUAAGGCUGGGCAAUAAACCGAAAAUUUAUCUAUACCGAACUUUACAGCAGUAACCAACGUCAUUUUGCCCAUGUCAAUAUAUUUGGUGUCAAAACAAUUAAAUAAAAAUAAGUUAGUUUUGGAUGUGUGUAGGUAGGCUAUGGUCUCAUGUCCCUUUUCAAGAUGCUGUCCUUAGUCAGAGACAUGACUCUACCCCAUCCAGUCCGUAACAAAGAGGCAAAGACAGGUGAGGAGAUGGAGGACGGUUCAAAAGUUGUUGUGGCAGCUGAAGUGGAUGAAGUUAAUGUGGGAGGGGGUGGGCAGCUUGUGGAGUACUUAUCGUCCGUUUAUCGUUAUUGAGGUGAACUGCUCAAUGUAUCGUGAUAUUGGUUUGAGGCCAUAUUGCACAGCCCUACUAUCCCUGAUGUCUUAAUGUUUACCUCCACUCUCCGUACGAGUCUCACUGUUGAGCAACAUUUCUCUGACUUCUAAAAUAUGUUCAGUCUCUUUUUUAAAUGUUUUUUAAGCUGGUGAAAAAGCUUGAAAAGACCCUAACAGUCCACUACUUGUGUGUUUGGUAGAUUAACUGCCAAGUGAAGUUAACAGUAAUGAAUUAGGCUCAGCAUAAGAAGAAGUAAACACACUUGAGAGCACACUACAACUCAAUACAAUAACUAACACAGUAAAAGUGUAAUGAACUUUAUUCUUCUGAUAUUCAUGUUGUGUCUUCUCUUUCAAAGGUAAGCCGCAUGGACUAUGCAGAGAUCAGCGUUGAUCCCAAAUUCCACAGACACCUGAUUGGAAAAGGAGGUGGAAACAGUAAGUAUAGGGUCAAAGUUCAAAUGCUAGUUCAUUUAAAGAAUUAAAGUGCAACACAAGGGGAAACGUUUGCUCUCUCUGAUCAUAUUUUUAUUUACUUUUUAGUCAACCGCAUUAAAGAGCUGCACAAGGUGACUGUCCGCAUCCCUCCUGACAAUGAGAAGAGCAACCUGAUCCGUAUCGAGGGGGAUCCCCAGGGUGUGCAGGAAGCCAAAAAGGAGCUGCUUGAGCUUGCGUCACGCAUGGUGAGUUUGACGUGGAGUUCCCAGGCUGGAUGCUGCAGAGUGGAACUCGGCGUGCGGUUAUUCAUUACUCUCUAUCUUGCAGGAGAAUGAGCGUACAAAGGACUUGAUCAUUGAACAGCGUUUUCACAGAGCCAUCAUUGGCCAAAAAGGGGAGAAGAUAAAAGAAGUGCGUGACAAAUUCCCAGAGGUCAGUCGGAAAUCGUCGCUCUUUGCUUGAAUAUGAUGGUGUUCGAUUGUUUGUUUGUUUGUUUGUUUGUUUGUGCCGAGCCUUGGUGCAAUCUAACAGCCCUUAUUUUAUUUUUUUCAGGUCAUUAUCAACUUCCCUGACCCAGCACAGAAAAGUGACAUUGUCCAACUUCGGGGUCCAAGAACUGAAGUGGAAAAAUGUGCAAAGUUUAUGCAGAAGAUUGUGGCUGAAAUGGUAAAUCAUGUGCGCUGCAGUUUCUCGACUGCUUUCCAUCCACACUUUUCCUGUCAAUCCAAAGUCUUAAAUUUUUGAAAAGGUUGUUUUUCUUGUCUUCUCUGUUCUUGAGCAUUAGAAUAAUGGAAAAAAAAAAACUGUCCACAAAGACCUCUUGACAAGCCUGUCUGACUAAUGAAUAUAAAUUCUGCUUUUUUUUUACCUUCUUCAGUGUUUUUGAGUGUUAAUUUUCUGUGCUUAUGUUGUGUCAGGUGGAGAACAGCUUCUCUGUCUCAGUCCCCAUCUUCAAGCAAUUCCACAGGAAUAUAAUUGGAAAAGGAGGCGCAAAUAUAAAGAAGGUACUGUAUAUUUCAAAGUGUAUUCAUGUGGUCUAAAGAAGUCUUCAGGCUGUCUUAAAUUGUUUGAAUAACUUUUUUCUUUUUUUGAUUGAUCCGUGCUCAGAUUCGGGAGGAAACAAACACAAAAAUUGACCUGCCUGCCGAGAACAGCAACUCUGAGAUGAUUGUCAUCACCGGGAAGAAGGCAAACUGCGAGGCUGCAAGAAAUCGCAUCUUGGCCAUUCAAAAGGAGCUGGUACGCACAUGCAUGCAAGUGUAUUAGUCUGUCCAAGCUGUGGCAGAUGGAUUUCAAUGUUGCUGAGUUAUUAUCUCUUUGUACAUAGGCAAACAUCGCCGAGUUGGAGGUCUCCAUCCCCUCCAAGCUGCACAACUCCCUGAUUGGGUCAAAGGGCCGUUUUGUGCGCUCUAUCAUGGAGGAGUGCGGUGGCGUGCACAUCCACUUCCCCACUGAGGGCUCAGGGAUUGAUAAGGUCACUAUCCGAGGUCCCAUAGAGGAGGUGGAGAAAGCCAAGCAGCAGCUGCUUGCCUUGGCAGAGGAGAAGGUUUGUCUAAAUGUCAUUAAUGAUAAUAAAACUGAACUUGUGCUGACCUCGCUAAACUGGCAGCUGUUUUGACAGGGACAUAGAGGGAGGGCCAAAAAAAAAAAAAGAGCUGCUUCUGCGGCGCAGUGGUGGUACAUUACCUCCUGCUGAGAGCUUCUUUCAGCUGUCAGAGUGAAACUACAAGCUGGUGUCUUGUGCGUGGCUGGUGAAAUUGGGGUUGAAAUUUGUUUUGGCCUCCCAGAAGAUUAAGUCAUGUUAAGCCAGUUAAAACUCAAAAUGAACUUCUUUUUAAAUUUAGUAGAGCAUGGAGGGAUAUUUCAUGUCUUUGAAGCUUUAAAGAGCAUCUUCUGUGCUAAACAUUGAACUGGCAGCUAGUUGGUGAAACUGUAGUUGUCUGGAAAUUAAUUUGUUAACGUUUUCUUCAGCAAACCAAGAGUCACACUGCCGAGCUGCGUGCUAAGCCAGAGUACCACAAGUUCCUGAUUGGGAAGGGUGGUGGAAAUAUCCGUAAGGUCCGUGACAGCACAGGGGCCAGGAUCAUCUUCCCCACUGCAGAGGACAAAGACCAGGAACUCAUCACUGUGAUCGGCACUGAGGAGGCAGUGCGUGAGGCCCAGAAGGAGCUGGAGGAACUCAUCAAGAGCUUGGUAAGGCUGUAAAUCAGUUUGAAUACUCCAGACCACAAUCAUGACCCCUUUUUUUCCUGCUAUCUUUUAGACUAUUGACUGUUUUUGGUUGCAGGACAAUGUGGUUGAGGACACUAUGAGUGUUGAUCCAAAGCACCAUCGCUACUUUGUGGCUCGCCGGGGUCAAGUCCUCCGGGACCUUGCUGAUGAGUAUGGUGGUGUGAUGGUGAGCUUCCCUCGCACAGGUACUCAGAGUGAAAAGGUCACCCUGAAAGGAGCCAAAGAGUGUGUGGAGGCAGCCAAAAAGCGCAUGCUGGAGAUUAUUGAUGAUCUGGUCAGUAGAUAUGUCAUUUUCCUUUUGCACCUUUUUUUUUUUUUUUAAUUUUUUAAAAUGCUCUUCCCACAUCUGUUUGAAAUCUAACCAGUGUUCCCUCUGUCUUUUUUUCCCUCUUCCAAUUAUGUUUUAUUUUUUUCCAGGAUGCUCAAGUGACCAUUGAGUGUGUGAUCCCUCAGAAGUUCCACCGUUCUAUUAUGGGUCCAAAGGGCUCAAGGAUCCAGCAGAUCACCAGAGAUCACAAUGUGCAGAUUAAGUUCCCAGAGCGAGAGGACACACAAGGUAAACUCACUCUUUAUUCUUCAAACCCCCCUGCAGGGCCUUAGGUGGUUUUGCUCUGCCUGAGGGCCCACUGGGAUCAGUUUUGAAGAGUAGCACAGCCUGGAACAGCUGGACUGCAAACAACAGGUUACUGUGUAUUGAUGUGGUUGUUUCUGGCUCGCUUGGGUUUUCUUGUGUGACUUGUACUUUUACCCCUGGUGAGCAAGUAACACGAUUAUAACGGUUGGAUUUUUGCACUUUCACUCAUUAAGUAAGAUUAUGUUCCACUUUGUUGUGCUGUUACCUGCAGACAAAGUAAGCAGCUAAAAGUCCCUUUGUGGUUGACAUGGAUUAUGAAUAUGCCAGGAGGUUAUUUUGUGUCUAUAAUGACUCGAUCAUCAAAGAGCAUUUUUUAUCUACAAGAUUUGAUACGCAGUCAAAAUUUGGCAUGUUGAAUUUUUUUUUUUUUUGUACUUAAUUGGACAGUAUGCACCACUCCUGUGCUUGAUGUCCUGUCUAGGGAAUUUUUUGUUGUGCAGCUUGAUGCACUUUAGGUGUGGGCCAGUUAAAGAGACUUAGACUCAUCAGAGUGGGGAAAAACAGCAUUGACUAGAACAAGCAUGUAUCCGAUCUGAAGUUGUGGCUCUAGAAGAAUGAGCCGCACAUGAAUAGUCCCUGCAUCAUUAAGUUAAUCAUGUUUUUUUUUUUGGUUGUCUCUUUUAGCCGCCCCUCCAGCAGAGGCUCCCAUUCAGGAGAAUGGAGAGGCCAAUGGAGAAGCAAAGGAACCUGUAGAUCCAAAUGCACCUAAAAAGUGUGACGUAAUCGUGAUUUCUGGACGUAAAGAGCGCUGUGACGCUGCUGUGGAGGCAUUGAAGGUUGGUGUGUUUCACACAUGUUCAGAGAGGGAACUUUUAAAUUAAGCUUUUUCUAUCUUGAAUUAUUAACAUUUUGUACUUCCAUCAUUCUUUUUACUCAACGGAUGUGUCCACAUGACUGUUUUUAUUUGAAGUCCCUUUUUAAAUGGAGGUGUCAACUGAAGUCACACAAAACAGUCUGGCUAUGCAGGAGAGAAUUCCCCUGAACUUGUCUGGUUCCUUUCAGGCCUUGGUCCCUGUAACUAUUGAGGUGGAAGUGCCUUUUGAGCUUCAUCGCUACAUCAUUGGCCAGAAAGGAAGUGGAAUUCGCAAGAUGAUGGAUGAAUUUGAGGUGUGUGUCAUACAGAUAAAGGGAUACACAGCAUUUUUUAUUCUGCUGGAGACUACAUGUGAUAUGAUGGUUUCUCCUCCAGGUCAAUAUUCAAGUGCCUGCUCCUGACCAGCAGUCCGAUAAAAUUGCCAUCACCGGCUUGGCUAACCACCUUGACCGCGCCAAAGAGGGCCUCUUGGAUCGCGUCAAGGAGCUGCAGGCUGAGCAGGAGGAUCGGGUUAGUAUCAUGAUGACAUAAACAUAUUCAAAAUGUGAGCUUUGAAGCUCUCAUCUUCGAGAUCCUUUUACUGACUGCAACCUUUAUGACAACCUUGAAUUAGUUUAUUGAAGGUGACCGCCAGUUUUAGAUAAAUUAGAAAAGAAACAGGUAUAUAAUUCUGUAAACCCUGAAAUAUGAGUAUUGUUCACAUCUUCCCCACUACAGCAACUAAGGAGCUUUAAGCUGACCAUCACUGUGGACCCCAAGUAUCAUCCCAAAAUCAUCGGCCGCAAGGGUGCCAUUAUUACAAACAUCCGUACUGAGCAUGAUGUGAACAUCCAAUUCCCGGAGAAGAACGAUGAAAACCAGGUAUGGAGAUUUUUUUAACAAAAUGAAAAUCCAUCGUAAAAAAAUGAUUUCCUCCAUAGCACAACAGUUGGUGCUAAAUUAGCACCUCUUAUGAUACUGCAUGUGAAAUCUAACAGGAAGUAAUGGCUUUCAUUACAUGAAGUAUUUACUUUCAUAGAGAUUUUGUCAGCAUGCAGAGUUUUUUUUUUCCCAAAGUAAUUUGUUUUCCUUUGUUCUGUGUCCACAGGAUCAGAUUACUAUUACAGGGUAUGAGCACAAAGCCAUAGCAGCACGAGACGCCAUCCAGGCUAUCGUGGAUGAGCUGGAAGAGAUGAUCUCUGAGGACAUCACCCUGGACAGCAGGGUCCAUGCUCGCAUCAUCGGAGCCCGAGGCAAGGGCAUUCGCAAGAUCAUGGAUGAGUUUAAGGUGAGGCUACCGAGAGGACGGGAUGUGAAAUAACAUAAGGGCACACCAGAGGGAGCAUGUAUUGAACAUGCAUUUUCAUAUCUGAUAAAAACCCAGACUUACAGCCUCUUUGAAUCACUCCUCCACAUUGCAAAAUAAAAAAUAUUUUUGAUAAUAUAGGCAAGGCUUUAACCAAAAAUAAAUAAGUUUAUAUAGCUAGUUAAUAGAACAGAAUAAUUAAUAUCUAGAUCCGAUUUUGCAAUAUCACAAACUUGAACAUAAAACUUGGCCUGAAUGUCUUCAGCAAAUAUUUCAUAAAAACUGAAAUGUCAUAACAGCUGAUUAUCAUAGUUAUCAACCAUUUUGUUGUAACCUAUAUUUCUACCCAGUUCAAACUGAGCUUGAUAUCGUUUCGAUCAUCCAUCAUUAGACUGCCUGCUUGACACAUUUGUCGAUGAAAUUUUAGCCUUCAAGCCUUCAUUCAAGUUGAUCCUUGAGUUACUGGAUCAUUAGAGUAUGAACGGUGUCAAAUUGUUAGGCUAACACUAAUAUAGCAGUUGCAGUUCUUUCAGUCCCUUAUUGUGAAGUGACUUCUACAGAUCCCCGCUGUUGUCCAUGUGUCCAGUGUCCAGUUUUUGUUUCUAAUGCUGUUGUAGGACAUAUGUUGUAGUUGAUUUCAACGAUAGGUUGUGAUGUGUUUAAGUCCAUCUUCUUGGCCCAGACUCUGGAGCAGUGAGCAGACACAACUGUCAUCCUUCAUCAUCACUGGCUCUUUGAUGUCUCCUUGGUGUGUCUGGGCUUUAGAUGGUUCCCUGCUGGGGCUGGUCUUGGGGACAUUGAUUGUAAUCCCAUCCGAUCGGUAGUUGCAACAGCCAAACAUGAAAAGGCUUUGCAGCAGACUUUUUUAGAUGUUUGAAGGAAAUACAGUCAGACCUAGUGUUUGUUUCCGAACCUCAGAUUGUGUCCUUAAUGGGGAUACGUGAGAGGACAAAAUAGAUGCAUUGUUAGGAAAACAAAUGUCUAUUCUGACACCACUUGGAGUUAAUUUUCAGGAUCAUGCUCUCUCUCUUAUCACUGUGGUAUCCUUUUUUUUGUUAAAGGUUGAUCUCAGGUUUCCCCAGAGCGGAGCUGCAGACCCAAACCUUGUGACAGUCACAGGUCGCCCUGAGCUUGUGGAUGAAGCCAUCGACCACCUGCUUAACCUGGAGGAGGAAUUUGUAAGACUUCAUGACAUGACAUGUGGUUUUUAUUAGAAUUUAAGUGUUUAGAUGCCUGUGAUGUUAACCUGAACUUCCUGAACUCACCAGAUGGCAGAUGUUGUGGAGAACGAGGCAAAGAUGGCCUACAUGAGGCCUUCUGGGGGCAGCGCUGCUUCCAUGGAUGAACAACGUGGACCAUCCAAAGGCUUUGUUGUCAGGGAAGCUCCCUGGGCCACUGGCAAUGAGAAGGUGCAAUAUUUCCCAUGAGCCUGACACUGUUUGAAAUGAGAAUUGGUCACACCUUCCUUUCUUAAUCCUUUUUUUUCUCUACUCAAGGCCCCUGAUAUGAGCAGCUCUGAAGAUUUCCCAAGCUUUGGAGCCCCAGUGGCAACCAAGUCCUCCCCCUGGGGACCCAAGCGCUUCUAAGCCGUGCUGCUACCGACGGGCUUGAACUGAAUCAGACACAAUCUUCCCUCUCAUUGUCCCUGCUCCUGACCUGGACUGACCGCUGACCCCAAAAGUCUUCAGUUCUGAGAUUGUCAUCCUUCUCUGUGUACUAAACCCGGUCUGUCCUUGCAGAUUCAUCAGUCUAAAAGUGCUUUCAGAUACUGUAAUCGACUUGUGAGCUUUGUAUCUGCAUCAAAUGAAACUGUCCUACACUUAAAAAAAGAAAAAAAGACAAUGUGACAGAUGUUGCGGUUAAGUCUUCAGUCUGUAAAAGACUGACAUUUACGUGUUGAUUAGACCUGACAUUUCAUCGUGGUUCGAACUGUUAUACCAAAUUCAAAGGUGGCCAGACAUCUGUUUUUUUUUGAGCUGCCCUUAUCUUAGUUGCCUUUGCAGGGUGGGGGAACGGGGUCAAAUCACUGCUGGUGACAUGUCCAAACAUGAAGCCUGACCAUCCAGAGGCCAGCUGUUUCAGUAACCCACCCCCUCCUGCUUUUACUCAUGUAGCUGGGUGAAAAUUGUCAGUCUCUAGCCCUCAGGCACUCUGUAGUGGUUGUCCUCUGUCGCAUCUUUCCAUUCGCUUAGCUCUGCUUUUGUGGAUAUGGUCAAGUAGUGGCACGUACCUUGUAGCCUUAUGAAUUGGUAUACUUAACUAAGGGGUGGGGUGGGAAGGUGGGGUGGGAAGGUGGGGUGGGGUGGGGGGUGGGUAGCAGUUUCAGCCACUGCAGAAUGGCAACCUAUUCAAACUGCCAGAUGCUUGGAGAUCAUUUUGAAACUAAACGUCUUACAACACUAGGCCUAGAGCUCCAAUGCAUCCAACCUCACACUAACUGUCGAACGAACUCUUUUGACAUUCAAAAGUAAAAUCACUAUGAAAAAUGACUGUGUUUGUGAGCAAAACAGCAGACCAUCUCGUGCCAACUAUCUGUCUAGUGAUGUCCUGUGUCUCUCAUCCUUUGUAUUGGGUCAGUGUCCAGUCCUUUUGUCUUCCAGUUGCUAUGCAGAUUGUUCUGUUGAAUAGCAAUGGCCCUUUUUAUCAGCCUUACAGCUAGAAAGAUACAAACCAGGUAGAGAUGAUGUCUAGGUGCAUUUUUAUGGACAGCUGGAAGGUAUGUGAAAUGUACUUAAAAUCUCUGGGAACAUGACUGCCCCCCAGUUAUUCAUUUCAUUUGCAAGAGGAGUGCAGAUUUGGCUCAAUAGCUGCUAAUUCAACAUCUAGCAUCAGCCUACCUUGGUUUAUAUCCUCCUAGUAUUGAAUGAAAGAAUAUGCAAAUACCAUUGUUGAAGUGAACGGUUAUGGAUGACACUGGAAAAGAAAUUGUCCAAAAAGUCAAUAAAAAUUGAAAAUCUGAU